AUGAGUAUACCUGUUGCCUCGCUUGUUGCCGAGGCCAGCUCGUCCUUUUCUGAUAUAUUGGAUAAUAACACUUUCGACGAUCCGAUUGAGAGAACAGCUCAAUAUAUAGCUAAUUUAACAACAUCAGCGGAUGAUCUACCCGAUUUGGCGGCACUAUUUCGUCGACGUACGGUUUACUCACCAUUUCAAAAAGCAGUUCUGGAUAAAGCGUUUCGCAUUUGCCAUUAUCCAUCCGUCCGUAUGAUUCAACAAUUAUCAGUAGAGAUCGGUGUCGCACCAGAUCGUCUAAGAGUUUGGUUUAAUAAUCGUCGUCAUCGAUAUAAACGUCAAGAAUCGCUCGCGCGUAUAGCAACUCGCACAUUCUCACCUCAUUCUGGAUGCGCUUUAACAUGCUCUCCAAUGCCGAUUAUUACACAAGUUACACCUGGAGACGAACCGUAUCCCUUCACAGCAUUAUGGAAUCCAUCGGCUCGGAUGGCUCGGAGUUCGGUUAGUCACCAAAAUCCCUCCAUUUUACCGCCUCCGGGUAGCAUGCCGCGGUUAUACCCCUCAUAUAAUCAACGAACCCCAACCAACUCAACUGGGACAACGACACUGGGUAAUGUACACGAACCAGCUUAUGGUCCAGUUCCUCUAGUCUGUAUAUCAACUCAAAAAAAUGAAUCGGGUGAAAUGAUUGUUAAUAUACCGAUUCAAGGUUCAAAUGAACAAGAAAAGUUUGAUUCUGUCCUAGAGAAAAUCACUACCCCAACUAGUGAUUCUGAAAAUAGGCAAAAUAGUGAAAGAAGUUUGGAAAUUGAUCCGAAAAAUUUAGAGGACACGAAUGCUAUUAGUAAUGAUGGAAAAACAAAGAAAAAAAGUGGAAGAAAAAGAAAGUCGAAAGAUUAUGAACUAAUUUUAAAUGUGAACAUUUCAUCCUUUAUUGAAAAAGAUGAAACGUUAAAAGAUGAAGACUAUAUUACAAAACUAACAACAUUUGUUAUCUCGGUCUGUAAAGAAAAAAAUUUGAAUUGUAUCGAAUCGUCCGUUCGGAAAGAAGUUGUCAACCAACUUGCAUUAUUAAGAUCGGAACACAAGAAAAAUUGUAGGAAAACAAAAAAACGUGCGUCAGACUCAUGGCCAAGCAAAAUCAUUCAUAUUAAUCUGGAAAUUCCACUAGAUUUAUUAUUUUCUGCACCAGUCUUGUUUGAUGAUGCUUAUAUCUUCAAGCUACCCGAUAACGACGUGCCAAAAUUAUGUAUGACAACAGACGAUAAUGACGAUAAUACUAAUGAUUCACAAAACAUACACUUCAUGAAAAAUUCAUCUGUAGAGAUUAUUUCUGAAAAUAUCGUUCAGGUAAUCAUUGAAAAGGAUUUAAUACGUCGUAUUAUUCCAAAUAACCAAUUCAGUGACGAAAAAAUGAUAAUUAAUUUUAUUCGAGCAAUCAAAAAUCAAAUGAUGGAAUUGAAUAUAUCGGAAGAUCGCAUUAGCUCAUCUUCCAUCCGCCGUGCUUUAAAUCGACAUAUUUUAGAAGAUUUAAAAGACAAACAUGUGCUACACUUUCGUCUUUGUCAAGACGGAACGUGGAUCGGACGAUAUUUGAAUUGUAUAGCUUCAUCAUUAGCAUGGAUAGAUGCUGGGGAACAGUGUCAAAAUGCUCUAUCAUUAAUACCGUUAUCAUUAGUACGUGUUAAAAAAGAAAAUAGGGAGAAUGUCGAAUUAGCAUUAUCAACAAAAUUUAUUAACAUGUUCCAACCUGGACAAGUUAUGGAAAUAUUUGGUGUUGAAUAUAACAUCAUUUUUUCGUAUUCUGCCGAUUACAAAAUGGUUUCACAAGUAAUGGGACUAGCGGAGCCGUGUUCGAAUCAUUUUUGCAACUGGUGUAAAAUUAGUCGUUUAAAAUUACUGAAUAGUAUUAAUGUGGAAGACAAGACAGAUUCAUUACGGACGUCAAAAGUCAAAAAAGCAAAAACUGAUGAAAAAGAGAUUGAAACGAAUUCAAAAGACAAUAUAAAUUUUUUUAUCACCAACUAUAUUUUGUUGAGAAAAUUUUACUUAUGA